AGCGCCGGCCGCGGCCGCCGCCGCACUCGCACGCCGCCGCUCGGAAGCCAUGGUCGUGCACGGCGGGCUGGUGGCGGCGGCCGCGCUGGCGGUCCUGGCCGGUCUGCCGCGACUCACGGCCGGCAGCAUCAGCGAGCCGUGGUCUGAUUCCGCCCCGGUGACUGCGGCCGACCCGGGGGCUGAACCCGCCGCGCUACCGGCCACCGUCCCUGAGCCGACAUCACCUCACGACAACAUCGAAAAGCGCAGCGUCUUCCCCGGCGAGGGCGACAGCCCACCGCCCGAGAAGAAGUCGAUCGGAUCCCUGGCCCGACAGAACGCCUUCAGCUCGUCAUUGUCAUCGACAUCGUCAGAGUCGAAACGAUCUCUGGGCUCGGUAGCGCGCAGCAGCAGUUCGCGAUCGUACUCCAAGCGGUCCCUGGCGUCCCUCGCUCGAGGAGGCCUCGUCGGCAGCCAGACUCUCGACCAACAUCCCGAGGACCGCGACAAAAGGCACAUCGGCGCGUUCGCCCGCCUGGCGGGGUUCGGCUUCCACGGGCCGAAGCGGACGCUCGCCUCGCUGAUGGGCCACGCGGACGAGCCCGGUGACGGACUGGGGGAGCACAAAAGGGGCCUGCCAUCCAUCGCUAGACAGGGAGGCUACGGACUGGGGGAGUACAAAAGGGGCCUGCCAUCCAUCGCCAGACAGGGAGGCUACGGCCAGUCACCACAGAAACGACCGCUGGCAUCUAUUGUACGUCAGGGAGGAUUCCGCAACUACGACAGGCGAAGCCUCGUCUCUCUCGUGCGACAAGGAGGACUGAUGGGAGACCAGAGCUCAGAGAUGACAUCCGAUGGCAUCAAACGGUCCCUGUCGUCUCUCGCUCGACAGGGGAGCGUCUUUGGUUGGGACGGUCCAAAGAAGAGGGGUCUGUCGUCGCUCGCCCGGCAAGGCGGAUACAGAAUGUCCUACGAGAGUAAAAGAAACAUAGGAUCGCUGGCAAGUCAAGGACUGUACGGCAACCGAUGGGAUGGAAAACGAAAUUUGGCAUCUGUUGCUCGUUUCAGUAGUUUUGGCAAGAGAGAACCAGACGAUGAAGAGUCGAUAUCUUCAUCUGACUUCAGACAAAGCGUUGACGACGACUUCGAAAAGCGAGGUUUAUCGUCUAUUGCUCGCCAAGGCGGCUUUGGAAGAAACGAGUCGGAGGAUAAGCGCAGCCUCUCUUCCGUCAUCAGGCAAGGCGGCUUUACGAGCAGAGGCGUGAAACGAAGCCUGGCGUCGUUGGUGCGCCAGGGCGGCUUCGACGACGGAAUAACGGUGAUGCCCAGGCCGACGAGGUUUCCGCAGUACCUCGACGACCUCGACAUUUCCGAUGAGUUCGAGCGUCUGCCGGUGCCGCCCGGCGUCGGCUGGGACUACGCCGACGGCCGUCGGAAGCGGUACCUGUCGGCGCUGGCCCGGCUGUCGCCCCGGCCGGUCUCCUCCAGCUCGUACUGGCCUGACCGGGAGCUCGGUGACCGCGCCAGGGCCGUCCGCAGCUCGGGAGAGGCGCCGGGGGCGGCCGCGACCAAACCGCCCUCACCAGACAGACCUCCGCCCGCUGCGGCCGGCGAGACGUCCUCCACAGAGAGGGUAAAACCCUCCGGGGAGCCCCGCGUCAGGCAUAAGAGGAGUCUGGAGCGAGAGGUGCUUGUUGACUCCGAGGAGCCGACCUGGGAUUACGACGACGAAGGUCCCGGCCGCCGGAUUCCCAUGGAGGUCGGAUCAACAGUGAAGCGGCACCUGGGCUCCCUGGUGCGCGCCUACAUGAUGCCCACGGGUCGCCGCUCGGGCUGGAUGGCGCGCUAUGGCCGCGAUCUGCUGCAUCGGCCCGCUGCCGACACAUCCCGCUAGUCCGUCUCUCCCGCGGCGGCCCGGGACACGGCCGCGUCCGGUGCGGUCACCACAGGUCAACAGCCCGCCUCUCCGGACCCGUGCGUGACGUGACGUGACGGUACCGGCGUCACGAUCGGCCGUCACGCCAGCGGCCGCGUCCGGGAGCCGGCCGAUCGCGCUAAGUGUCUGUGUUUGGCGAGCUGCGGCGGCGCCCGUGCGUCAGUGCCGCGCGGUCUCCAUCAUCGUGUCACACUGUUCAGUGUACGCAUCAAUGUGUGGACCGAGAGGAAACAGGGUAUUUACAGACGGACCGGCACCUGACAUGGAUUGUACUGGCUGUUUUAUGUUUUAUGUUUUAUCCCCAUAGCACGCGUUCCAUCAGGUGUCAGGGUUACCGCCUACCGGGGCACAUCUCGUUUGUUGUGGACAACGCAUUCCGCGGCAGUAUUCGCCACAAUUAAUUGGAGUUCAACGCUCGAUGCUGCGGCCCGCAGUGUUGAAAUCGACGUUAAAAUUAGGACGACGAUGUAAGGCAUAAGAAUGUGAAUGUCGACCUACGGAGUCAGCCAAAAACCCGUGAGUGGCACGCGUAAUAUGCUACCGCAGCGAACAAGUGAAGAACGUAAUUAUGUGCGACAAUAAAGUCCAAAGAAACG